AUGAGUGACCAAAAGCCUAAAUUUGACGGAACUCCAUUUGGAACCAUUCACCAGGCGGCCGAACGCGGUCGCAUUGAGACGAUAAAGGUGCCUCUAGAAAGCGGAGCUGAUCCCAACGAAGUGGAUCAUUGCGGAAUGGGGCCCCUUCACUUUGCAGCCGAGAAAGGCCAUUGGAAUAUUGCAAGGCUCUUGCUAGAAAAAGGCGCGACUCCCGGCUUAGUUGAUAGUAGUUGUAUGACACCACUCGACUAUGCCGUCGCCGGGGGAUAUUUGGAAAUCGCUCGACUUCUACUCAAAUGCGACGCGUUAUUAGCAGACCGUUUCACUGGGAAACGAAGUUAUCUAAUCCACGUUGCGACUACCCGUGAAGAUAUACCUAUGAUCCAGCUGCUCUUAGGUGCAAAGAUUCGCAUAACCGCUACCGAUCUCCAUAGUCGAAACCCUGUCCAUUUAGCUGUCAAGCAAGACAACUUGGAUAUUUGCAGGCUUCUCCUCGAGAAUGAGGCUCGGCAGCCACCCACCGGCUUGAGUCGAAUAUUUGAUAGCAAACCCUCUGUUCUGAGAAAGGACUCCAAUAACCACCUUCUUUUCUUUUACGCUGUGGAGAGUGGGAAUUGCCCGAUGGUGGAACUCUUUACCUAUCUCAGUCGCUCUGAUAUACUCCAAACGGAUGUAUACAAUGCAGUUCACACACUCAUAAUCGGCCUCCAUGAACAGCGAGGAAUGACACUUGAAACAAUGGAUUACAUCGUUGAAAUCAUUGACUUUGGUCCAACCGAUCAUGCGGCGAGUUUUCAUGGGAAUUCAGUCGACGACUGUGUCUAUUCCUGA